GUACCCAAUUACCAAUUACCCCCGCCGUUUGUUAUUUGUUAUCUUCGCGCGUCUCCAAAUUUUUUCUUUCCCCUUUGCAUCAUUUGGUUGUACACUCCGAACAUGUGAGCGGAGAAUCCCAAAUUACUCUCAAAAUAUGGAGUCUCCUCUGCUACAGCGCUACCGUCGCGAUCGCCGGAAGCUCCUUAACUUCAUAGUCUCUUCAGAGCUGAUCACGGAUAUUCGAAAGUUUCCUGGUUCCGCCAUCGAUUUCGAUGUUAUCAGCGCCGAUUAUGUCCUCGAAUGCAUAAAAUCCGGUGGUGGAGUGUUUGAUGUUUCUAAAGCAACCACAAAGCACACUGAUGAAUCUAUGUUCCCGCCAAUGAUACAGUCCCAAUCAGGGGAUUCUUUUUUUCUUGUGUCUGCACCAGAAUCUGCUGGAUCUCCACCUAGACGAGUGCCACCCCCAGUUGAGAUCAACAGUGCUAGACAACAUUCAUCUAUUCCCCAUGUUUCUUCUAAUGAUUCAGAAGCAACUACUUCUGGGGUGAAUGAUCCAUAUAUGGUACCCUCAAGUUCUAAGUCUGCAAAAAAUAUGGAUGUACCUUCUUUAGGACUCCCUGUUUUAAGAACAGGAUUAUCGGAUGAUGACUUGCGGGAAUCUGCCUAUGAAGUACUGCUUUCAUGCAUUUCAUUUUCUGGGAUCACAAUUCAUUCUUUGGAGAACCCGAAGAAAGAUAAGGGUUCUAAAUUUCUAACCGGGUUAAAAAAUAGGAGAGAUAGAAGACAUAUGAGGUCCCACUCUGUUGAAAACCAAUUUGAGCACAUCGACACCGUUCGUGCUCAGAUGCAGAUAUCAGAGGCAAUGGAUGAACGCAUUAGGCAAAAGUUGAUGCAGUUUUCUAUGAGAAAGCCACAUGUACCACUUGAUAUUCCUCAAAUCUCAAUUGAGCUCUUAAGUGGCAUACAACUGAAUGAUUUUCUGGUUGAAAGAUCAUACACACAAUGGAGGAAACGCCAGGCAAAUGUUCUAGAAGAACUCUUUGCAUCCGUCAAUUAUCCUGAAAUGCAAGAACUUGGGAUUUUACUUGACAAGAUCAGAAGUCCAGAGGAAUGGAACAUCAUCAUGACUCCUGCUGAUCGUACUGAAGUGCUACUAGCUAUUAGACAGGUGGCAUCCUCUCUGUCAUCCAUGAGGGGGAGUUCUCAUACAUCUUACUGGAAUGCUGGUUAUCACUUAAACAUAAGACUCUAUGAGAAGUUACUGUUUGGAGUAUUUGACAUUCUGGAUGAAGGACAGCUCAUCGAGGAACAUGCGGAUUAUUUAAAGCUUAUCAAGUUGACUUGGGGUACAUUAGGCAUAACUCAGAAGAUGCAUGAUGCGUUAUAUGGAUGGGUGCUUUUCCAACAGUUCAUCGAGACAAAAGAAAUGGUACUACUAGAUCAAGCAAACCUUCAAGUGCAGAAAGUUUUAUCCGCCAAUCAUAUAGAUGAAAAUGAGGAACAAUGUAUUGACAAAGUAAUUUGUACUAUUGACAACAAUGGUGUCAAAACCAGAUGCAAUUUGGUGCAAGCAGUAUUCUGUUCAAUAAACCUUUGGUUUGACAACAGGCUGCAAGAUUAUCACCUGCAUUUCAGUGAGAAGCCAGCUUUUUUCCGGAAGCUAGUUUCUAUGGGAUUGGCUGUUGCAACAGAUAAUUCUGCUGCAAUUAGGGUUAGGGUUUAUGUUGAAAGAUCUGUUGAAGCUACAUGCAGGCGGGUGGAAGAUACCAUAAAUCUUAUAUCUAAAAUGGAAGGGAAGCAUCCAUUGGCUAUACUUGCAAGUGAAUUAAAAGUUAUUGCUGAAAGAGAAGUGUCUGUCUUUUCACCAAUUUUAUCCCAAUGGUGUCCAGAUGCAGGGAUGGUGGCCUCUGUAUAUUUGCAUCGGUUUUAUGGAGAAAGACUGAAACCAUUUCUAGAAGAUGUAUCCUUUUCUGUAGAUGCUAUAUCAGUGCUUUCUUCAGCUCAUCGCUUGGAGCAUUACUUGAUUCAAUCUUUUAAAUCUAAAGAUGAAAAAAAUGGUGCUGGGUCAUUUUCUGUUGAUUUCUAUCAGAUUAAUAAAAUAAGCCGCCCGAUCAUUCUGGAUUGGCUUAUAUCGCAACAUGAACGCAUACUCGAAUGGACAGGACGCGCUUUCCACCUUGAGGUCUGGGAACCCUUAUCCAAUCAGCAGAAGCAAGCAGCUUCAGUUGUAGAGGUUUUUAGGAUCAUAGAGGAGACUGUUGACCAAUUAUUCGGGCUGAGUCUUCCAAUGGACAUAUCACACUUGCAGGCAUUGCUUUCAAUAAUUUUCCAUGCCCUUGAUGGCUAUUUGCUAAAAUUGUUUAGCCAGUUAGUUGAAAAGAACCAUUUAUAUCCUGCUGCCCCUCCGUUGACUCGUUACAAGGACGCAAUGUUCCCAAUAGUCAAGAAAAAAGUGGUUGAGAGUGUAUUUCUUGAUGAGGAAGUUGAGGAGAAAUUAAAAGAGUUGACAGCUGUGAAGCUGUGUGUCAGAUUAAAUACUCUUCAAUAUAUGCAGAAGCAAAUUAAUUUACUGGAAGAUGGAAUUAAAAAAUCAUGGACAUCUACUAUGGGAAAAACAGAUUCUAUGCUCAUUGACAGUGAAUCACUUGAUGAACUAUUUGUAGCCACCUUUGACAGCAUCAGGGAUUCAGUAGCCGAUGCUAUCAGAAAAAUAUGCGACUUAAUUGGAACCAAAAUUAUCUUCUGGGAUUUGAGAGAUUCAUUUCUUCUCCGUUUAUAUCAUGGCACUGUUGAAGGAUCUCGGUUGGAAAAUUUACUUCCACAUAUCGAUAGUGUUCUUAACCAUGUAUGUGGUCUGAUUGAUGAUACGCUUAGAGAUAUGGUGGUGGCUAGUAUUUGUAGGGCAGCCCUGGAAGGGUACAUUUGGAUACUUCUGGAUGGAGGUCCUUCCCGUGCAUUUUCUGAUUCAGAUAUCAUCAUGAUGGAAGAUGAUCUCAAUAUGUUACAGGACCUUUUUGUUGCUGAUGGAGAAGGUCUUCCCCGUUCACUGGUGGAAGUGGAAUCAAAACUUGCCCAUCAAAUUCUAAGCCUUUUCUCUCUCGAUGCAGAAUCAGUGAUUCAUAUGUUGAUGAUGGCAAGUGAAAACUUGUCAACAGGAUUUGGUUCCAAAAUUCAGGGACAAAGAUCAUUGGAUGACGUGGACACAUUAAUACGGGUUUUAUGCCAUAAGAAAGACGGAGAGGCCUCUAAGUUCUUAAAAUUACAAUACCACUUGCCUGCAUCUUCAGAUUAUGUUGAGACAGCAUCGUACGAGUCAACUCCAAAGUCACCAAUCCCAAUGGGAUCAGAGUUUUUAAGAAGUGCAUCGGUGAAAUGGGGUGAAAAAGGUAAUAGUAGCUUUAGAUUAUUAAAGAAGAGGUUUCAAGAAGUGCAAGGAGGUUCAUUCAGAUGGAGCUAAUAUAAUAUAAAUCACAUUAGAUGAUUAGAAGAGAGCUUAUUGCUGUUUGAGUUUCACAAUCAUUCAUUCAAAACAUGUACACAACUAACUCACCUACGUAUUAAAAACAUACAAGAAAUGAAAAUGAAAAUGAAAAUGCUGAGAA